AUGGCGCAGGAGCGGACAUUGGAGGAAGUCGUUUCUCCAUUUUUAAUGCAAUUGGAAAAGGCAAGAGCUGUUCCUUUGGUUCCAGAUGAGGAUAGUUCAUAUUCAGAUGUUACAUUUCUGUUUGAAAAUAUCAAGAAAGAAGCCUGUGAGGUCAAGAAUAUACUACAGAGAGUAUCUAAAUGGGAAAAUGAGAUUAUAAAUGAUUUUGGAGGAAUAGCUCGGCAUUUGGAUGAAAUCAUAGAAGAAGACAGCCAGCUCAAUUCAAUACGUUCUAAGCUCCAAAUUGUCAACACUGAAUUGUCCAAGUUAAAAAAUCGUAUGCAAAUUCCUCUCCAUGUUCCUGUGAUUGAGGCAGCAGCUCCCACAACCUUGCCUUCAUUAGUACCAUCUAAAUGGGUUCAUGCAAAAGUUUCAGAGCAGUGGAAAAGGCUUGAGAUUGAGAGGAAAAUCCUUGAGAGCUCAACCAUGUCUAAUUUGCAGCUUAGCUAUGAUAAUCUUGAUUUACAGCUGAAGCUGUGCUUGUUAUGCUUCUCUAUCUUCCCAGAAAAUUCAAUCAUCAGCAAGAGGGCCAUGAUCCAUUGGUGGAUUGGUGAGGGUUUAGUAGCAGCCACAAGAAACCAGACAGCUGAAGAUGUCGGGAAGGAGUGCUUUGAGAAGCUGAUUGCUCGAGAGAUGGUUGAACCAGUGUAUCACAAGCGCAGAUAUGCUGUCAACCAAUGCAAGUUGCACCCUUGGAUCCGGCGUAUGCUGAUUACUGUUGCAAGGCAAGCACGGUUUUUUGAAUUUGAUUCAAAUGGCAAUGCAACAUGGGACUUUUCAGCUACGUACCAUGCCUGUCUAGUUGAAGAGCACCAACUGGAAAUAGAUGUGGCAUCACUCAGAAACAUUCUAACAAUAUUUAAUGUGAGUGAGCGAUACCUCCAAUUUGAGAAGAGCUGGUUCUUGGAUUUGAGGAAGAUUUCAGUUCUCCAACUAGGAAGAUGGCACAACUUUUACCGACACCAUAUUGAGGUCGACAGUACUGAAUUUUUGGAAGGACUGCCGUCAUCUAAUCAAUUGAAAUAUCUUUGUCUGAGGGGCAUCUCUAGAAUCAUCGAACUUCCUUCUUCCAUUGGCAGACUCUCAAAUCUGAGGAUCUUGGAUCUUCAUGCUUGUCAUAACCUUGAGAGGCUGACUGAGAGCAUCACGUCUCUUCAGAUGCUCACUCACCUUGAUGUAUCAGAGUGUUACUUGCUGGAAGGCAUGCCAAGGGGUAUUAGCUUCCUUACAGAACUCCAAGUCCUUAAAGGGUUUGUCAUUGGUGGUUCCACUGGCAACUACAAUUGUCGAGUAGCAGAGUUGGCCAGGCUUGACAAACUGAAGAAGCUGAGCAUAUAUAUUGGAAGCAAAGUUACAGUGACAGAAGACGAAUUGGAUGAGCUUCAGAAUAUCAAAGGCCUUUGCAUCCUGAAAAUUACAUGGGCUGUAUCACUUUCAAAGAAGGAACGAGUCCAUCAAACUUCUGAUUCAACAUCGCUGCUAGCUUCACUCUCACUACCUCUAAAUCUCGAGAAGCUAGACCUGCGCUGCUUCCCUGGGGAGAAGAUACCAGAUUGGUUAAGUCCGAGUAAGCUGUUGAAACUGAAGAGACUCUACUUCACUGGAGGCAUGCUAAAUACUUUUGGCGACAAAAACGAGUCAGAGGUGUGGAACAUUGAGGUAUUGCGCCUGAAAUUCUUGAAUGAUUUAUCAGUGCAAUGGACCCAGGUGCAUGACAUGUUUCCAAAACUGACCUUUCUGGAGGUCUUUAGAUGUAUGAAGCUAAAAUCUUUCCCUUGUGACAAGGAUGGGGUAUGGAUGAACAAUGACAUGCAACAAGUCAAUAGGUAG